CAUGACAGCUGUCAUUCCAAAAGAGUUGUGUGCUUGUGUGUGUGUAUUCAAGUGUUUUCUUUUCUGGGAUGUACAAUUUCCUUUAAAUAAUUUGUGCAAUUUCUGUUGUUAUUUCGAAAUAAUUGCAGUGAAACUGUGGUGGAGUAAAUCUUGAGUUCCCGCUGUGUUUUUGUGAACUUACUGAGUCGUUUCAGAGUGGAAUGUAUCGCAUCAGUGCGUUCUAAACUUCGCCUAAAGUUAUUGUGUAAACGCACUGUUUAUUUACUAUUGCGUCGCCGCAUGAGCGAGCGGGAUGGCAGGCGGUCUGGCGUGGUCGCGGCGGGGCGCGGCGCGCGCGCGCACGUUACGCGUCUUGUUGCGCGACACGCAACGAGCGCUGGAUGACGUGGCUGAUAUAUUGAAUACUGACCCGCAACUAACAGCAACCGUCGCGGAAGUUUCCCAGCAGUCCCGGAGACGCACGGCUCUGGUGGUGCUGGGCGGCGGCGCGGCGCCGGCGCGGCUGCUGCACUGCUUGUUGGGGCGAGCGCUGCUGCCUGAUGCACUGCCGCGGGGCAGGCGAUGGAUCCACGUCCAGUACGGCACGAGCACACAGGUGCACCUGACGCUCGGCAACUCGGAGUUCGAGCUGGUGCAGGAGCUGGCCAGCAACCAGCGGCCCUGGGACACGCUGCCUCUAGAGGACAUAAUCCGCCAAGAUGACACCGACAUAUCAACGGUCCUGGAGGUGGAAAUCAACAACCAGUUCCUCAAAGAUGGCCUCUCAAUCCUCAUCCCUCCAGAUCUGCCAACUACGCCCGACCCUAGCGCCACCUACCAGAAACUGAAAGAACUAAACGCAGACUUCUACUCAAAACGCGACAUUAUCCUGCGAAACUUCAACCCAAUUUUCCUCUACGCUCUAGAUAGGAUAGGAAAGAAUAUAUUUACGGACAACUUCUGUGAUAGUAAGAUAGUUUCGUCCCGAAGUGAGGAGGACUUUUGGUCGACGUUCAACUUGUACUAUAUGACUCGGUCGGUCAAGGAGAGUGAGUUGAGUGAGUUGAGUGAAGUCAGUGAGAAGUGUGAGAGUGAGCAGGUGAAAAGUGAAAGUGUGAAACGGGAUAGCCAGCCUUAUGUGUUUACGCCUGAAAACUGCCUAGACCUACACCAAAUCAAAGAUCUGAACCCAUCCUCGCAAGUAUUCUUCAUUCUCUUCUCUGAUAGCUCUGAUGUGAGCGAGAGAGACAACAAGACUACUGCAGACGAGGAGACAGGCGGGAGGGAGCGGGACAGACUGUUCUCCGAAGCUACGGAAAGUACUGAAGACUUUGUGAAUGAAGAACUGCCAGAAGCGGAUAGGAGUUUGGUUAAGAAUGGUGUUUUGAGACACAAACAAGAAUCUCCAAUAAAGUCAGCUAAAGACAAAAGAAGACUGUAUGAAGAGAGGUGUGCCUUCAUGAACGAACUGCUAGACCAGUGGGAACUCAUGGGCAGUCCACCCUCAAAACACAACGUGAAAAGUCAGUGGCUCAUAAUAGACGACCACGAAAUGCUGCAUACAACCGAGCAAAAAGCUUUGCCAACGCUUCUGUCCGGUGCCCCACAAACCACGAGCGAAACACCUUUGAAGGGGGGUACGAAGAGGAAAGACGACGAUAGAGUUGUAAAGAAUAGAACUGUUCUGUUGAGCAGAGUCGUGAAGUUUGCGAGUGAUACGUAUUUGAGCUAUUUGUUGGAGUAUUGUAACCGGUUGAGUGAGGUGCACGUAAAACUUCUCCAGCAGUUCAUAUUAGCUUCCUUUGACCUGGCGCGCGAGCUGCAGGUGCUGCCCCGCAAGAUACAGUAUGUGGCGACACAGGAGCAGCAGCUGUAUGAGACGAUAAACGAGAAGUUCUCUGAAGGCGAGAAGAAGCAAGAAUUACUGCAGAUUAUGCAAGAAGUGCUAGAGGACAUCCGAGCGGACGUGGACCAUAUGGACUGGAGCGUGGACGAUCUCCCGUACCAUCAAGACAAACGCUUCAUAAUAUCCAACUCAAUAUUCUACGAGUCUUCAAGAAUAAGCAGCGACACCGGAGUGUUCAUACGAAUGUCUGAACAGAACGGAUCCAACCGAAACAUACCAGAAUCCAGACGAAAUGUAACGGAAUCUAAUCGAAACAUAAAUGAAUCCAAUCGAAAUAUAAAUGAGUCCAAUCGAAACAUACCAGAAUCCAAUCGAAACUCGGAAGAAUGUAAUCAAGAUGUAUCAGAGUCUGAAAAUUCUGAUGUAGAAGAGGCAGAAUCGUAUGACAGCUACAAUUUUGAUGAUUACGACAUCAUACAGAGUACAGACGAGAGUUUUACAGUCAGCCAGUGUUUCAGUAAUAGGAUAGACCGGUUAACCCUAGACUCCACGGCGUCGGCAUCAGCCUCCCAGCCCAACCUCAUCCACGUGGAGAACGAGUCGUCCCUGCUCAGCGUCAACAGCAGCCUGCAGCGACUGAUACACCACGGGGGCGCCAAGUGCAAUAAUACUACACAGAUGUCAGUAAAGCAAGCCACUCUAGACGUACAGAAGAAUGUCCUCAGCAAGCUGAGCAAGCGCAUCAGCCUGAGACUGGCCAACUUCGUGGACUGUCUCAAGGACAACUACUUCGGUACACUGCAGAGAUGCUUAGAGUCGCUAGAAGCGCACUGCCGCCCCGCGCUCGGCGGCCGCCCGGCCUCCGCCGCCAUGCUGGCGCUGGUGGGCGUGGCCAGAACAGUGCAGCUGCAGCCCAGUGAUGCCUUCUCGCUCUACACUACGCUACUGGAUUCUAUAAGGAGAUUGUUUCACAAACUGCGCAUCGCGGGCGGCGGCGGCGGCGGCGCGUGCUGCGUGCUCAGCCCCGUGUGGCGCCGCCAGGUGGCGCUGCACACCGUACACUCGCUGUCUCCGCAGCGACUGGCUAGAGUCAUCUCUGCACAGAUAUUAGAGAGGCUAAGCUCAGCCCACGACCGCUACCAGUCGUCGCUUGCUUCGCUGCAGACUGCGCUCGCUGGCAGGUUACACCACACUGAGGACGUCAAGCUGGCCAUACGGAAGAAAUACGCGCCGAGCUUCGCGCGCCUGUGCCUCGAGAGCACGUCCAUGUGUGAUCUACUCAUGUACGGGUCACCGGAACUGGGAAGAGAAAUAGGGCGCGGUCAAUACGGCGUAGUAUACGCCCUCCGCGGCGGCUGGGCGGGGCGCGCGCCCGCGGCCGGUAAGUCGGUCCUACCGGCGGAUGAGCGGCAUUAUCAUGAGCUGGCCAUGGAGUUCUUCUAUACACGCUCAAUCCCCCCGCACCCGCGCAUAGUCCGAGUCUACGGCUCCAUAGUCUCAUCUACAUCCUGCGGUCCAACAGUACUAUUGAUCUCGGAGCGCAAGACGCGAGAUCUGCACGCGGCCGUGCGCGCCGCGCUGCCGGAGGCUACACGGAUGAGGAUAGCGCUGGACAUCGUAGAAGGCAUACGCUACCUGCACUCCCUGGGGCUCGUGCAUCGCGACAUAAAGAUGAAGAACGUGCUACUGGACCAGCACGACCGAGCGUCUUUGACGGAUCUCGGAUUCUGCGCAGCGGAAGCCCUAAUGUCCGGGUCGGUGGUGGGCACGCCGGUGCACAUGGCGCCCGAGCUGCUGGCCGGGGACUACGCCGCCGCCGUCGACGUCUACGCCUUCGGGAUACUGUUCUGGUACCUGUGCGCGGGCAGCGUGAAGCUGCCGUCGGCCUUCGAGGUGUUCCAGAACAAGGAGCAGCUGUGGAGCAAAGUCAGGAAAGGUCUCCGUCCAGAACGCCUACCCCACUUCACGGACGCGUGCUGGGAGGUGAUGCAGUCCUGCUGGCACCCCGAGCCCACCCAGCGGGCGCUACUAGGAGACAUACAGCCGAAGCUCCAGAACAUUCUAGAACAAUCUCUCACAGAGCAGGGAGAUAGGCGGCCCGUGGAGAUGAGGGUGGACACUGAUAGUGAUGAUAGUCUGGAUAUGACUGGGUUAGAUCGGCAUGGUUUUGUGUAGGACUUGGAAAGAUAAUAAUAUGCUGAAAUAGUGUUGGAGAUGUUUUCGAGUAAGAUGCAAGAUAUGAUUUGUUAUGGUAUUGCAAAACUAUAGAUGGGGUAUGAAAUGUGAAUUUAUGAUUUUUGUGUGAGUCUUUAUUUUGCUAUAUGAACUGGAACAUUUCUUAUGUAAAGAUUUACGUGACACUGUUUCCCUGAAAAUCCUCUGUAUUCGUUCCAAAGGUAGUCACGAAUUUCUCAAUGUUUUUCACCUUUCCUACUAUCUCAUCUCAUUGGGGACUAUUCUAAAACUGCCAAAUGAAAACUUGCUGUCGAAACCUGUAUGAAAACCGGUGAAUGCUUAUAUAGGGUGAUGAAUAAAAUGUUCAUACCUAAUGAUAAAAUAUUAUGUUGUUCAUGAAUAUAAUAAUAUGAAAUAGGUACUAUGUACAUUUAUAUGAAGACUGUUUGAAAGGUAACUGUGAUUAUUUGAAUAAAGGUAGGGCAUUAGCUUAUAUGCCGUAAUGUGUUAUGAUAUGAUGUUUAUUAUAAAUAUAUUAUGAGAUUAAUGUAUAAAAGUCGAAUUGCACGUCUCUUCUUAUCUUGUAGAGAUCAAAUUAUUAAUACAUUAGCUACGUUAUAUUUAAGAGUGCUCGAAAUAAUUAUUUUUAAAUACAUUGUAUAAUAUAUAAAAACAUCAACAUAUGGUACAGUCCGCCUGACAGUUAUCUGACCCCUGCAGACACAAUUCUUUAUUAAUCAUUACCUAAACUUAAAAAGGAAAUUCUAUGAUUUUUAUGGUUAUCGUUCAUAAAUUACGAGCAAUGAACUUUCAGCCAAGUUUGGCCUAAAAUCUAUGUGUGUCUCUCUCUGUCAGUAUGCUGUAAAAGUAAGGCAACAAUAGAUUUAAGGUCUACUUUAGUUUUAAGUUCCUAUGAAGUGUACGGUGCAACGCAGAGUUUUAUAACUUUUCUACAAAAACUAAAAUGUGAACUAAAUGGUACAUUUUAAAUAAGAAUCCAUCCUAUUUGUCGUAAUAUCUUUUAGUCUCUCGUUAAAAUAAUGUUGGGUAAAUUUUAUCGCCUUAUUUACUAUCUGGAUUGCUAUCUCAUUUAAAAUGAAGUCAUUAAAAAUAUUACUUAUAUUAGAAGCGUAUUUAAAAUACUGUGAUGCAAAAAAAAUGUUAUGGUAUGUUUUAAAAUCUAGUCUAUUUCACACAAUUUUGUAAAAAACUUGAACUGUCUGUUAAAAUAUGCCCCAACAAAAUUAAGUUAAGUACUCACUUUUCUAUAAUUUCACAAUAUCUUAAUCUAUUCUAAAUAAUUACCGCAUUUUUUAAUUAUUUUAAAAUCUAUUCUUUGUGAAAGAAUGAUUUUCUCUUGUUUAAAAGUAUAAAUGUAAUGUAAUAUUUUACGUUGAAUAAAGAUAAUGUGUGCUAUUUUCUAUU